CCAACACCAACAUCCCCCACUCCAACAUCCCCAACAACAACAUCCCCAACAACAACAUCCCCAACACCAACAUCCCCUACACCAACAACCGCUACACCAACAUCCCCAACACCAACAUCCUCAACACCAACAUCUCCAACACCAACAUCUCCAACACCA